AGUUGGUAAACAAGAAAUUACGUUUCGCAGCGGAAUCAAGGCCAAUGCCAUCGGGGUUCUACACAGUUUGACGGGUUGUGUUGUGGAAAGGCCAAAUAAGUUUGGUUUGGUGAAACCUUGCGCUUCGGUGGUACUAAAUUGCAGGAAAAAAUUAUCUACCGUUCCAAAAGCAGCCAAAAGAACUUUUCCCGCAAAACGGUUAACCCGAAUUGGAAACAACAUGCCGAUGUUAAGGGAGAAGAUGGCCAAACUGGCCGGCGGUGUACAGCAAGGCAUCGCGUGGUUUAAAGCCGGUGGCAUCAUCAGCCCGAUGGUACUGAUCUACGUACUGCACAUGAUCUGGCCCGAAUUUCGACCAUUCAGUAUUGUGUUUGUGAUUGCGAUUGGAUUUCUCUGGGAUCGUCCAGUAAUGGAACAGCGGCCAUCAAUUAAAACUUCCCCAUUGGGUGAGAUUUGUUCCAAAGUUUGGGAGCUUCGGACGACCCGACCGAUCAGUACCGUGGUGGGCAGUGUAGCAGGCCUGCUAACGCUUAUCUACCUAGUUUGUAACGUAUUGCCGCUGUGGUUGUCCCUGGCAAUGGCCGGUUUGCUCGUGUACUGGGAUCGAUGGCAGCUUAGCGUUGCAGGUACGUUCAGCAAUCCACCAAGUUUGCGCGACACAAUGACAGAGCAGGAGAUUGACGAGUUCGUGCCCGAACUGACGGAAGUGAAUCGCGUACUGUUGCAGGAGGUCGGUGAGCAGGGUGCCGACAUGAACCCCUUAGCGGAAGGAUUUACAUCCGGUGCGAUCGGCAAAAACAAAGCCGAAGAAGAUGAAGAACUUUACCUGAAAACGCUCAUACCGGAGGCGAGCAGCAAUGAUUUUGAAUCGGCCGAACUGAGCGGUUCCAGCAGCGAUGAAUUGUUCUGCCCCGAAGGUCCGGUGGUAAAAAAGACACCAUCCGGACGGUUACAUGCGAAACAUCACGCGGAAAAACCGAUCGAGUUCAAGAGCAGCCAUUUUAAUGCGAACAGCUCGUCCGACUCGGAUGACAAUAUGUCGCGGGGUCUUUGCUUUAAUGACGAAAGUGAUGGUGUGAGUCGACGCACCGCUAACAGCAGGCAGCAACCGGACGUGAUGAUGAUGAUGAGUGCCGGCAGCCUCGCCAGCAGCGUCCUGAUGGACACGAUGUGCAAACGCUUGCUAGACGUUGGUGCGCUUCAGCAGCAAACGCAGCAACCAGGCAGCUUACUUCAGUCGGUUGGUUUCGAUCAACGAAAUCCGCUGAUCGCCUCGAUCGGUAGCACGAUACAGGCGCUACGGGGGCAAACGGUACAAGUGCCGGAAGAGGAAGACGACGAAUCGACCGAUGCGGACGAGGAUAGCGAUUUCGAAAUGCUCAACUCAGAGGAACUGAACAAUUUAUGAGCAUGAGGCUCUGCUUGCCAGGGUUUGUCAGGGCGUACGAGGGUAGAAGUAAUGCGUUCGAAACGCAUGUGUUGGAAUCUUUAUUUCCAACGUUUUAUUUUUUUUUUGAUCGCUUAAGUUGUUACCGGUUUGACCCUGUUGCCAUCCCCAGAAAAAAGGGCUACCGAAGUGCCCUUUUUAUUUAAUUAUUUGAACUAUGUGUUAUUUUUUUUAAUUUAAUCAAUCUAGUAUUUAAACACCAUUUUGCCGCGGAUCCAUCCGUACUACCUUACACUUCUAUUACUUGUUCAAUUAAAACACUAUUUUAUCCUACACGGCUAAAUGGCGGAACCAAGGCAGAAAGGAAGCGCGUUUAAACAAAAAAAAAACAGAAAUAAUUUAUCUUACCAGAUUAUGUUAGUGUGACUAGUUUGCAACUCUACAUCGAAUGUAGCAGGUAACAAACGUAACCGUUUUUAAAAAGCAUAUUACGAAAACACAGCAGAUUGUGUGUUGGGUUCAAGGAUAUUAUUUUGAGUGUAUAAAAUUUAAUCAUUUUAUUUCAAAUUUUAGCACCAACGUGCGCGUUCGUGGACGAUGCUCAAAUUUGCGUUUCGACCGGAUGGGAAGACAAAAUUAAUUUAGCAAAAAAACAAAAGAAAAAAAGCAUUACAUGCAUGGAUGAUACGCGUUUGGCCCGAUCGGUUCUCGGCGAUCGUUACCGGAGUUUAAAAAAAUGUUUUCCAGUCUAGUCUAACUUUAUUAUAUGAGUGCAAACCAAGAAAUGUAUCGUAUGAAUUUACUCAAACAGCAGUAGAACUAGUAAAAAAAAACAUUGUUGGACAAAA